UGUAUUCUCUGUCAGCCUUAAAAGCUGGAUCAGGCCUUUAUGCAGGGUCCCUUCAUCGCUUCCAUCUUUGUUUUAAAUCGAGUACUCCCAUCAGGCUGGAUGCAGUGGUGUUGUUUUUUCUAAUCAACACGGCCCUGCAUAGCUCCGUGGAGGCCUUUGGGGAAUGUUGAUGGCUCUGUUAACACCCCGUUCAGUGUGAAUGACAUUUGGAGGUCUUCAUCUAAAAAAAAUCCCACCUCAACACCCAGGGGACCCCCUUCUUCUCACCCAUCCCGACCAAACGAUCUUCAUUUAACCUUUAAUUAGUCUCCACACUCCGCCCACCGGCGCUGUCGGGGAGCAGGAGGCAGCAUCCACACUCUUUCAUGUCCGCGUGUUUAUUCAGAGGCUCAGCCGCAGCUGAUGGAAGUUUCUCACACACUGAUGGCUCAAUUUGAAUUCCUAAUCGCUAAUACCUCUGGUUCGAUCGUAUGUUUUAGCCUCCCUAAAUAUUUAACAACACAUAUGUGAAGUGUUAAUUUGGGUAAAGGCCUCGUUUAAAGGCCUCAAUGAUAGGCAUCGAGUAAAUAUAUUGUAGAUUGCCAUUUUGGGCACAUUUUAGGACCUUGUAUCUUGAACUCUUUAUUUUUACGCAUAGUUUUUACAUCCCGGAGAUGGAGAGGAGUGUGGACCAAUUUGACCAGACGUUUGUGAGCUCGUUACCCCACAAAAACUCCACUUCUCUUUUUUCAAACGGACUAUCUGGAAGUUAGUUUAUAUGCGAGCUGAUAAUUCAAUACAAACAAUUUAUGACCAACAGAUUGGGCUAGCAAGUGAAUUUGUCCGUAUUCUGGGCACACCCUGAACAGCAUUUUAAUAACUCUAUGUCUAAGCUAUGGAAAGAGAGAGAAGGAGAGGAGGAGGAGGAGGAGGAGGGUGUAGUAACUUUUGUCGCCAUGCAGCUUUUCCAGGUUCAUUUCGUCCUCCAAUUGGAUGAUGGAGCACACAUUCGGGGAGGAGCAGCCUGAGCAGCCAAAAGGCAAGAAAAAAAUGUGAAGGGUGAAAAAAACUUCCUUGCUGUGUAGACUCAUGCCCCUCCAGCCUCAGCCCUCUCACUCUCCAAAUGCUCACUGUGUGCGCUCUCUCCGGCUCACGGUGCCGAGCUGUGGCUUAAAGAAGAGACUUAAGUAGGGAAAGAAACGGGAACAGAACCGGAGCACGCGCCGAAGCCACGAGAGUUUCUGGAGGAACAGUUUGGGGAGGUUUUACGCACAGCGCAGGAUGCAGGCGCGCUACUCCGUCUCCAGCCCCAACUCUUUAGGGGUUGUUCCGUACAUCAGCAGCGACCAGAGCUACUACCGCGCCAGCGGGGGAUACACCGGGAUGCCUGCCCCAAUGAGCAUGUACUCCCACACGGCCCACGACCAGUACCCUGCCAGCAUGGCCCGGGCGUACGGGCCGUACACCCCGCAGCACCAGCCGAAGGACAUGGUCAAACCUCCGUACAGUUACAUCGCCCUCAUCACCAUGGCGAUCCAGAACUCACCGGAGAAGAAAAUCACCCUUAACGGGAUUUACCAAUUCAUCAUGGAGAGGUUCCCCUUCUACCGAGACAACAAGCAGGGUUGGCAGAACAGCAUUAGACACAAUCUGUCCCUCAACGAGUGCUUCGUCAAAGUUCCACGGGACGACAAGAAGCCCGGGAAGGGCAGCUACUGGACCCUGGAUCCGGACUCCUACAACAUGUUUGAGAAUGGCAGCUUCUUAAGGCGCCGGAGGAGAUUCAAAAAGAAGGACGUUCAGAGGGACAAGGACGACAGACAGGGUAAAGACCCCUCUGCCCGCACCCCGGGCAGGGAACAGGAUCCGCCGGGACAGGGCUCUCAGCCGGUGCGGAUCCAGGAUAUAAAGACUGAGAAUGGGUCUGCAACGCCUCCACAGGCCGCUUCUCCUACUCUGAGUACCGUCCCAAAGAUCGAGAGCCCGGACAGCAGCAGCAGUAUGUCCUCAGGGAGCCCGCACAGCGUGCCCUCAACCCUCAGCAUCGACGGAACCGAGCACCACCACGGCCAGGCCACGGCUCAGGGCUUCAGCGUGGAUAACAUCAUGACCACCCUGCGAGGGUCUCCGCAGGCCGAGCUCUCCCCGCCUCUCAUCGCCUCCUCGCGGACAGGUAUCACCCCUUCACUGUCGCUCAACUACUCGCCCAACCAGACCUCUGCCUACAACUCCACCACCUGCAACCAGAACGUCAUCUCCACGAACUCCAACGCUACCUAUCACUGCAACAUGCAGGCCAUGAGCCUGUACGCCGGUGACAGGUCCUCUGGUGGGCACCUGGCCCCAUCUACCACGGUGGAGGAGGCUCUGCCCGACUAUUGCAUCACCACGACCACCGCGUCCCAGCUCGGACAUGGCAACCUGAGCCAGGCGAGCCAGGACGGCCACCACGCUCACCAAGGACGGCUCACGUCCUGGUACGGGGACCUGAGCCACCUGAACCCGGGUUACCCGGCGCAGCAGCAGAACUUUCACUCUGUGAGGGAGAUGUUUGAGUCCCAGAGGAUCGGUCUGAAUGGCUCCCCUGUCAACGGGAAUAAUAGCUGUCAGAUGGCCUUCCCGUCCGGCCAAUCUCUGUACCGCACCUCAGGAGCUUUUGUUUAUGACUGCAGCAAAUUCUGAGAGCCAAGGUGCCUUUUAAAUUAAUAACUCUAAUAUAUGUUUUAUAUAUUUUUUGUACUUUUGUUUUUUAUUCUCACCCGAAUGGACAUAAAGACAUUCAGACUUUUUUUGUCCAGGCGUGUGUAACACCACAAACACGUAAGUUUUCUUUCUCCUCUCACUUUGAGACUUGUUCAUAAAGAUGCUCAGAUACCAGCUUCUGUGACUAUAAACUGUAAAUUAUAGCCUAAUAUAGUAAUUUAUUUUUAGGAAAAAGGAGUGGUUGGCUGUUGAGGACCAAACACUUUAAAGUUUUCCCAGUUUUCUUAUCGCUCCUUUGUUUGUCCCUCUUCUUGUAUAGAAAUAGAGACGGGGCUGUGUAGUCUGUUACUGACUUAUUUUAUUCUUUUGUCUUAUUUGUUAAAUAAGUAUUUUUGAAGGCAUUACAUUUUGUCUGUUUAAUAAAGUGCCGUCUAUUUGAUUUUAA